UGGAGAGUCUCGGUUGACAUAGUAACUCUUCAGCUCUGUCUCCCUUGCUCUCAGCUCUCAGGUUCCGCUGCCACCCGCCGCCCCGCCUGCGCUCGCUCGGCCCGGGAGCCCCGGCCGCCUCCUCGAGGGGUCCCCUGGCCGGACGCACCCCAGACAAGGUCCCCUUUGCGACCCGCUGCGUGGUGACUUCUCCCCGGGCCAGCGGGUGAGCCGCUCGCGGAGCUCAGCUCGCAGGGCGUCUCUGCUCCUCGCCUCACCCUCGCCCCCUGAGCACCAGUCUGCCGCGGGCCAGUCCGGCAGGUGACGCGGACCCCUCCGCACCGGGUCCCCGCUGGAACUGCCGAGGCGCCUCCCCCAGGAGCUGGAUCCGGGCCAGUCGGGCGUUCCCGCCAUGAACCAGAGCUCAGCGUUCGGGCCCGGGAGGGGAGGCUCUCCCGGGGUGGCCACCCCAGCCCGCGCGCGGCGCAACGAGAGCCAAGACUAUCUGCUCAUGGACUCGGAGCUGGGAGACGACGGCUGUCCGCAGCCCCCCCUGCCUCCCUACGGCUACUACCCUUGCUUCCGGGGCACUGACAAUAGACUGACCCACCGGCGGCAGACAGUUCUCCGUGAGAAGGGAAGAAGGUUAGCUAACCGAGGACCAGCAUACAUGUUUAAUGAUCACUCAACAAACCUAUCUAUUGAGGAGGAACGCUUUUUAGAUGCAGCUGAAUAUGGCAACAUCCCAGUGGUAAGGAAGAUGUUAGAAGAAUGCCUCUCACUCAAUGUUAACUGUGUAGAUUACAUGGGCCAGAAUGCCCUGCAGCUGGCAGUGGCCAAUGAACAUCUGGAAAUUACAGAACUUCUUCUCAAGAAAGAAAAUCUGUCUCGUGUUGGGGAUGCCUUACUUUUAGCUAUUAGUAAAGGUUAUGUUCGGAUUGUGGAAGCCAUUCUCAGUCAUCCAGCUUUUGCUGAAGGCAAGCGGUUAGCAACCAGCCCCAGUCAGUCUGAACUCCAGCAAGACGAUUUUUAUGCCUAUGAUGAAGACGGAACACGGUUCUCCCAUGAUGUGACUCCAAUCGUUCUGGCUGCCCACUGCCAGGAAUAUGAAAUUGUGCACACCCUCUUGCGGAAGGGUGCUCGGAUUGAACGGCCUCAUGACUAUUUCUGCAAGUGCAGCGAAUGCAACCAGAAACAGAAGCAUGACUCCUUCAGCCAUUCCAGAUCUAGAAUUAAUGCCUACAAAGGCCUGGCAAGCCCAGCUUACCUGUCAUUGUCUAGUGAAGAUCCAGUCAUGACAGCUUUAGAGCUUAGCAAUGAGCUGGCAGUGCUGGCCAACAUUGAGAAAGAGUUCAAGAAUGACUACAAAAAACUGUCAAUGCAGUGCAAAGAUUUUGUUGUUGGACUCCUCGAUCUGUGCAGAAAUACCGAAGAAGUAGAGGCCAUUCUGAACGGGGAUGUUGAAAUACACCACAGUGGUGGAGAUCAUGGUCGUCCAAAUCUCAGCCGUUUAAAACUUGCCAUUAAAUAUGACGUAAAAAAAUUUGUAGCUCAUCCAAACUGUCAACAGCAGCUUUUGUCCAUAUGGUAUGAGAACCUUUCUGGUUUGCGGCAGCAGACCAUGGCAGUCAAGUUUCUUGUGGUCCUCGCCGUUGCCAUCGGACUGCCUUUCCUGGCUCUCAUUUACUGGUUUGCUCCAUGCAGCAAGAUGGGGAAGAUAAUGCGUGGCCCAUUCAUGAAGUUUGUAGCACAUGCAGCCUCCUUCACCAUUUUUCUGGGACUACUAGUCAUGAAUGCAGCUGACAGAUUUGAAGGCACCAAACUCCUUCCUAAUGAAACCAGCACAGAUAAUGCAAAACAGCUGUUCAGGAUGAAAACCUCCUGCUUCUCAUGGAUGGAGAUGCUCAUUAUUUCCUGGGUAAUAGGCAUGAUAUGGACUGAAUGUAAAGAAAUUUGGACUCAAGGCCCCAAGGAGUACUUGUUUGAGUUGUGGAAUAUGCUUGAUUUUGGAAUGUUGGCAAUCUUUGCGGCAUCAUUCAUUGCAAGAUUCAUGGCAUUUUGGCAUGCUUCCAAAGCCCAGAGCAUCAUUGAUGCAAAUGAUACUUUGAAGGAUUUGACAAAAGUCACAUUGGGAGACAAUGUGAAAUACUACAAUUUGGCCAGGAUAAAGUGGGACCCCUCUGAUCCUCAAAUUAUAUCUGAAGGUCUUUAUGCAAUUGCUGUAGUUUUAAGUUUCUCCAGAAUAGCCUACAUUUUACCAGCAAAUGAAAGCUUUGGACCUCUGCAGAUAUCACUUGGAAGAACAGUGAAAGACAUCUUCAAGUUCAUGGUCAUAUUCAUCAUGGUGUUUGUGGCCUUUAUGAUUGGAAUGUUCAACCUCUAUUCCUACUACAUUGGUGCAAAGCAAAACGAAGCCUUCACAACAGUGGAAGAGAGUUUUAAGACACUGUUUUGGGCUAUAUUUGGACUUUCUGAAGUGAAAUCAGUGGUCAUCAACUAUAAUCACAAAUUCAUUGAAAACAUCGGUUAUGUUCUUUAUGGAGUCUAUAAUGUUACCAUGGUCAUCGUUUUGCUAAAUAUGUUAAUUGCAAUGAUCAACAGUUCAUUCCAGGAAAUUGAGGAUGAUGCUGAUGUGGAGUGGAAAUUUGCAAGGGCCAAACUUUGGUUUUCCUACUUUGAGGAGGGAAGAACUCUUCCUGUUCCCUUCAACCUGGUGCCAAGUCCAAAGUCCCUGUUUUAUCUCCUACUGAGGCUUAAAAAAUGGAUUUCUGAGCUGUUCCAGGGCCAUAAAAAAGGUUUCCAGGAGGAUGUGGAAAUGAACAAGAGAAAUGAAGAAAAGAAAUUUGGAAUUCUGGGAAGUCAUGAAGACCUUUCAAAAUUAUCACUUGACAAAAAACAGAGUUGGCAGUACAGGACUGUUGUCAGGAGUGAGUCUCUGUGAUUCUCCUGGAUUUUUUUGUCAUAGUCAGAUGCAAGAUGACACCUUCACCUCCAGACAUCACACCCACUUUUCAGGCAUGAAGAAGGAAUGGGGCAAAGGAAAAGUGGGCCACUAGCUGAAUCACCCUCAGAGAUGCCUCCCAACAAUUUCUGUUAUUAUAUCUCAUUAGCCAGAACUCUGCUAUAGGGCCACCCCAUGGGACACAAAUGCCAAGGAGGGAUGCUAUUUUGUUUUGUUUUUAAGCCAAGUAUGUUACCUCCUCCAACAAAAUAGGAAUACUCUUAUGUAUUGAUAUAGCCAGAUCAUUGAACCAAGUAGUCAGAAGAUUGGGAUCUCAUCUUAUCUCUGCCCCUUUAGCAAUUCGUUUGACUUCUCUGAACCUUAAUUUCCUCAUCUACAAAAUAGGAAUGAUCAAGUUGUACAGCCCAUCACACAAAAUUGU